AUGGCACUGCUGCGUGUGCACGAGGCCGCACCCCUGCUGAGCAAGAGCUGCGCGCACAAAGGCUUUGGCCGCCUGGCGCUAGCUACGAUGAUGCGGAUCACCCACACCUCAAUGGAGGUGUUCACUUACUUCGAGAACAGCAAGGCUUGCUGGCUUCAUGGCAGCAAGGCAGUGGCGAGGCCGAUGAGCCACGCUUUCAGCGCAGAACGCUGGUGUGAUUUGAGCAAAGCCUCAGAAGACUCAGCAGACUUCAGACAGAUCCUCACCGUGGCCCACGAAGCCGCCCUGAAAGCCGAGAAGGAGGGCAUGGGCCUGGCAGAGCAACUCGUCGCCGCCGCCACGGCCACCAAGGCGGCCAUGGCGGAGAACAUGAAAGGUGCCGAGCCCGAGAUCUUGCCGCUGGUGUCUGGCCAGGUGGCUGCGGACUAUGCUUCGCGGCUGGGAAAAGGUGUCAGAGCGGCCGUGUUAGAAGCCGCGACUGCCACCCUCCACGCAGCGAAAGAGCAGGGGCUCAGCGACAAGGAGCAAGAGAAGUUAGCUGCCAAGUCUGCAGCCAUUGCCGCCAGCAGCGAGAUGAAGGACCUCCACCUGGCGACUGAGAAAGCCUCGCAGGAAGCGGCCUGGGCUGCGCAGUCGGCGAUCGAGAAGCUGGGCUUUGACGUGGACAGACAGGCCAUUGCCGCCGUGUCUGCGGCCUCGUCCGUCACGGUGUCACAGCUGCGACGGAAAGGAAAGCCGCCGGUGGUGCAGGUUAGCUGCAUUUAG